GAGGAGGAGCCUAAUUCACAGCUUAUUGUAUAUAAACUCAGUUUGACAGUAAAGAGCAAGACAUCUCAGGAAGACACAGCCUGAAGAGCAAAAGAACAGACAGCUCCAACCGAGACCAGGUGCUAUAGCAAAUCAACAUCUUUCUGACUCAGUUUGCACAGCUGAGCUUGAGCCCUUGAGAAGUGAAGAAAGCAAGAGACGGCGUUCUUAGCACAUCUCCACCAGACAAGCGGAGCUUUCACUGCAUUUUUAGACAUGAAGAGAGACGCAGCUGAGAUUCAGGCCUUGUACGAGGAGCAGGGGUACAUGUCGGCCAUUCCCAUCCUGAGCCCAGAAGAACUGCAGCAGGCCCGGGACGCCUUCGCUGAGCUGGAGAGAAAACAUGGAGAAGAUUACACCGCUUACAGCCUUCAUAACAUCCACAAGGAUUGUAACUGGGUGAUGGAUCUCGCUAAGCACCCAAAGCUUCUAGAGGCGAUCACAGCGGUUCUGGGCCCGGACGUCAUCCUGCUGGACUCCAGAUUCAUUUGCAAAUAUCCAGUGCAUAAAAUGCAAGAAAGCAGCGGUGUCAUCCAAUCGAACAACACCUGUGAGAAGACCGACGGGAUGCCAUUUGUGGCCUGGCACCAGGAUAUGAAGUACUGGGGUUUUGAUGGAGGUCCAGUUCUGUCUGUCUGGCUCGCUCUGGAUGACUCUCUUGAGGACAACGGAGCACUGCAGGUUAUUCCAGGAAGCCACCACUCUGGUCUUCUGCCUCAUUAUCAGUCCAAACGAGCUGGCAACAUGCUGAGCGUCAAUCAGGAGAUCCCAGAGGAGCUAGUGGAGACCGAGAAGGCCAUCUUAUGCCCUCUUCAAGCUGGUCAGAUGUCUAUCCAUGAUGGACUUCUGGUUCAUGCCAGUGAUCCUAACAUAUCUAAUAGAAGGCGCUGUGGCUAUGUGAUCCGAUAUGUCCCUACAUGCACUUAUCCAAUCCAGGACCCUGAGCGUCCCAGGACUUUUCCUGCCACGGUGCUGGUCAGCGGUGUUGACAAAUACAACCAUUUCUCCAACAAAACCUCCAAACUGUGACCGGCCUAUACUGACCUCUUUAUUUAAAACAUGGGUGCUUUGGCUUUACAAACUAAUUAAACUCAAACAAUCUGUGAAUGUCAAAUGAAAGUGCUUUGAGCUUUUCUACAGUUUUUUCUUAUUAGUUAAGUGCUUGAUACAAUUUGAAAGUUUAUAUUUAUAUUUAUGUGUUUUAAUUUACAGUUUGGGUAUGUAUCUUUAAGGCUUUUCAGGAAAUUAUGUGUUUUAGCAUUCUGAAAUGUAUGUGUCCUUUGACUGUCACUUUCUCAAUAUAGAACUGAUCUGAAAUAUUUAAUAAACUGUUUAAAAUCA